UCGGAAAAAAAAAAAAGGGCUGAACCCAAGAAUCUUGGUUGAGGCUGCCAAGAUACUGGGAUCUGCCGUAAAUGGCGUCGCAACAGGGGUUGCUGCUGUCAACUCCGGUUCUUCAACGGUGGUCAUGUCUCGGUUCCCGCCAAAACAUUUCCACCAUUUCCUCUGCCUACUCAGGAAUUGCUAACCCAGCACCUCAGCUACCCAAGUCCCACUCACGCUUCCCGGGAAAUCAUCAGAAAUCCUUGUUCUUCCCCCUCUAUUCACCCGGAUUGAAUCGUCAUGUAGCACCUAAUUCUAUCAGACCGCAGUUGAGUUAUCCCAUCAUUUCUCCACAAGAUCACUGGGGCACUUGGACUGCUCUUUUGGCCACCGGCGCUUUCGGUAUCUGGUCAGAGAGGACCAAGAUUGGAAGUACAUUGAGUGGUGCGCUGGUGAGUAUAUUAGUUGGUUUAGCCGCCAGCAAUUUGGGAAUCAUACCUUGCGAUGCGCCCGCAUAUAAAAUCGUUUUGCAAAUCUUGCUGCCAAUGGCAGUUCCCUUGCUGUUGUUCAGAGCGGAUUUGCGUCGGGUAAUACAGUCCACUGGGACACUGCUUCUGGCUUUCUUGCUUGGAUCAGUUGCAACGACUCUUGGAACUGCUGUGGCAUUCCUUUUGGUGCCAAUGCGAUCAUUGGGUCAAGAUGGUUGGAAGAUAGCUGCUGCACUAAUGGGAAGACAUAUUGGUGGAGCUGUCAACUAUGUGGCGAUUUCUGAAGCCUUAGAAGUCACGCCUUCUGUCUUAGCUGCUGGACUAGCUGCAGAUAAUGUUAUUUGUGCCAUAUAUUUUACAACAUUGUUUGCAUUGGCAUCUGGAAUACCUCCUGAGGCUUCAACAGCAACUACUGAUGCUGAUGCUGGAUAUGAUAUAUCAGAAUCUGGAAAUAAACUGCCUGUACUGCCAACUGCUACAGCCCUAGCUGUAUCCUUUGCCAUUUGCAAAGCUGGCAGUUCUUUUGCAAAGUAUUUUGGAAUCUCAGGAGGUAGCCUUCCAGCCAUUACUGCAAUAGUUGUAAUUCUGGCAACUGUAUUUCCAAGGUUAUUUGCUCAUCUAGCACCAUCUGGCGAGGCUAUGGCACUGAUUCUCAUGCAGGUAUUUUUCACAGUGGUGGGAGCAAGUGGUAGCAUAUGGAAUGUGAUCAAUACAGCACCAAGUAUUUUGUUGUUUGCCCUAGUUCAGAUAGCUGUUCAUCUUGCUGUGAUUCUUGGUCUGGGAAAGCUCUUCCGCUUUGACCUCAAGUUGCUGCUUUUGGCAUCUAAUGCGAACGUAGGUGGCCCCACAACCGCUUGUGGAAUGGCCACUGCCAAAGGAUGGAGCUCUUUGGUUGUUCCCGGUAUUCUUGCUGGCAUUUUUGGCAUUGCCAUUGCCACUUUCGUUGGUAUUGCUUUUGGGGUGACUGUGCUCAGAUUUAUGUAGUUACCUGACUGGCGGAUCAGUCUGGCUUGUAAUUUGAACUUUUUUUUUUGCUUUUGGGGUUCCAUUUUAUUUUACCUUUUGCACCCUUCUGUUCAACGUAUGAUCGUCCUGGUUAUAACGAGACAGAAGGCUGCUUGAUUGAUCAUUGCAACUAGACAUGAGCACAACCGAACUUUUAGAUGCAUCAUCUGAAGAAGAAUCAAUAAUAACAGGUUACGCCUGGACUGCAUUAUCUGGGGAGUUUC